AUUUUUUUAGACACGUACAAUAAGGCAUGAAAGGCAGCUAAUCUUCAAAAUGAUGAAGAUCGAACAGUAGGGACAGAAGUUAGUGAUAUAGACCAGCCCAGAAAAAGAAAGAAAAAUCCGAAAUAUAAUGUCACAGAGUCAUCCAAAUCCGAAGAUAAAUGUAAUACUCACACUGUUAAGAAGAGCAGGAAUAAUAAAUUGAGAGAUCAGUCUAGCGAUAGUGAAAAUGAAGAAAUGGAAGAAAAAGCUGUUCGGGCAAAAGUUGCAGCAUUACUAGCCAAGAGAAAUAAUAUAAAACCGCAAGUUUCUCAAAACAAGGCUAACAAGGAGGUUUCCAUGGUUACCAAAUCCAAAAAUUUAAUUAAAACACUCGAUUUAGAACAGAACCGUUCUGUUGGUUUAAAUGAUACUAUAGAAAGUGACCCACGUUCUAAAAAAACAUAUAAUCUGACAGAUGUUUUGCAUGCAACAACAGAAGUCCCUAGUACCCCUGCUUCGUCUUCUCUGCAAUUUCACCGACAAUAUGAUGAUAGAAUGAAUAUAGAUAGAAUGAAAGAACAACUUUUGUUAGGAAAUGAUUCUCAACAAUCAGAAUUUGUUUUACCAUCCAGUCCAGAAAUUAUACAAGAAGAAAGUAGAGAAGAAAUUAAUACUGCAACAGAUAAUAAAUAUGGGAGCAUAAAUAUCUCGCAGAAAUUAAGUCAGUCUUCUGACUUAAGUGAUGAACAAAGAAAAAUAAUUACUUCUGUCACAGAUCAACCUACAGGUGUUAAAGCUGUAUCCAGUGGAAAGCAUUCCAAAGAAAAUAGAUCUUAUGAUGCAAACUGUAAAAAUUUACUUACAAAAUCGGUUUCUCCUUUUUCCAGUAAGCACCAAUCAUCAAGUGAUAACACUGAUGCUGCCAUAAAAAUAAUUAAGACAGAGUUACUUCAAGAAAUAAGUAGUAAACUUGAUUUUGUAAUGAUGAACACAACAAAAAUACUUACCUACUUAGCACCAGAGGAAAGUCUUCUUUUAAGACCAGAUAACCUUCCAGCGCUUCCUCUGAAGUCAGUUGAUGAAUAUGAUAAAUUUGAAGAGUUUUUAAAUGAUGGCACGAAUUUCUCAACAGUGGUACAAUAUUUUGCGGGCCGUAUGGUUAGUCAAGGUAGUGACUGGCAAAGUGCUGUAUACCUAGUAUCGAAACUGCUAAUAAGUAACAAAUUAGCAAGAGCAAUAAGUUGGGUAGGUACCAAAGAUACCAAGAUCGCACUAGCAAACAGUAAAAUUAUGGACGCUGUUUCCUGCGCUGUUCUGAAAAACCAUCCCAAAAGUGACUUAAAACUAGUGAAGUUAAAAAUACAAAGAUGGCUUUAUACGGGAAACCAAAGAAAAAUUUAAUUAUUUUUUCAAAUUUUUCUAGUCAUGGGAGAAUUACUUGCCUUUGUGAUAUUUAAUGUUAAGGCUCCUGG